GCCUCCGCCUCCACCGCCACUACCGCCGCUGCUGCCGCCGCCGCCCAGUAGAAAAGGACAGAUAGAGCUAGAUAGAUAGACCCCCUCCCCUCCACCGCUCCCCCUCCGCCCGAGGAACCACCGACACGACCAAGAGAGACGGAGAGCCGAGCCGGUUCACCUACAGCAGCAGCAGAAGCAGCUCCUUAUACAGCUAGGUUAGGUUAUCUCCACCAGGCUGCGUGUCUUCGUGUCGUUUUGCGGGAUUUUUCUGCUUCUUUUAAUGCUAUAGCUAGAGCCGUCGUUGUGAGUGAGCGAGUGAAAGAGAGAGUGUGAGUGAGAGAGAGAGAAAGAGGGAGAGAAAGAGAGAGAAAGAGAGAGAGAGAGAGCGCUAGGAGAGAAAGGUAGAGGAGAUAGAUAGGGAAGAAAUCUCGAGGUGAAAUAAAAAAUAAACCACGGAGUGCUCGCUCGCUUCCCCCCCUCGCACGUCGCUUCUCGCCGGUUUCGGAGCUGAAAGAAAGAGCCUGCGGUCCGCCUAGUCAUGGGAUGUACACUGAGCGCCGAAGAGAGAGCGGCUCUGGAUAGGAGCAAAGCCAUCGAGAAAAACCUGAAAGAGGAUGGAAUCACUGCGGCCAAGGAUGUCAAACUGCUGCUGCUGGGAGCUGGGGAGUCUGGUAAAAGCACCAUCGUGAAACAAAUGAAGAUUAUUCACGAGGAUGGCUUCUCUGGAGAUGACGUGAAGCAGUACAAGCCUGUGGUCUACAGCAACACCAUCCAGUCCCUGGCUGCCAUCGUCCGUGCUAUGGACACCCUCGGCCUGGAGUACGGGGACAAGGAGCGCAAAGCUGAUGCCAAGAUGGUGUGUGAUGUCGUGAGCCGCAUGGAGGACACUGAACCUUACUCCCCGGAGCUCCUGACCGCCAUGAUGCGUCUGUGGGCCGACUCGGGCAUCCAGGAGUGCUUCAGCCGUGCCCGCGAGUACCAGCUCAAUGACUCCGCCCAAUAUUACCUAGAUAGUUUAGAUAGGAUUGGUGCUGCAGACUACCAGCCCACAGAGCAGGACAUUCUGAGAACCCGAGUGAAGACCACUGGGAUUGUAGAGACCCACUUCACCUUCAAGAACCUGCACUUCAGGCUGUUUGAUGUGGGAGGUCAGAGGUCGGAAAGGAAGAAGUGGAUACAUUGCUUUGAGGAUGUAACCGCCAUCAUCUUCUGUGUGGCUCUGAGUGGAUAUGACCAGGUGCUGCACGAAGAUGAGACCACGAACCGCAUGCACGAGUCAUUGAAGCUGUUCGACAGCAUCUGCAACAACAAAUGGUUCACAAGCACCUCCAUCAUUCUUUUCCUUAACAAGAAGGACAUAUUUGAGGAGAAAAUAAAGAAAUCACCUUUAACUAUCUGCUUCCCUGAGUACACAGGCCCGGACACGUUCACAGAGGGGGUGGAGUACAUCCAGUCCCAGUACGAAAGCAAGAACAAGUCCUUCCACAAGGAGGUGUACGCUCACACCACCUGUGCCACGGACACCAACAACAUCCAGUUCGUCUUCGACGCCGUCACCGACGUAAUCAUCGCCAACAACCUGCGCUUCUGUGGCCUCUACUGACCAGGAUUAGCUGGAGAACGCUGCACCUACUGCACUGUUCUUGGAGAUUGUCAUUCGUUCCUGUAUUAUUCAGUCUCCUUGUCCACCAUUUUCAGUGAUGGUAGAUGGUAAUAGAGUGAAAUGGAAUACUACCAUUUAAGUCAUUGUAAAAGGACAAGCUAAAUUUUAAUCCAAAGAUCAGAACCUAUUCAACUAUUCUUGAUGAUUCAUGUGUAAUUUGUCACGUGUGCAGCUACAUUCGAGAUCUACCCACUCAUUGGGCUGCUAUAGAGCAGCUAAAUUGAGCUGGUUCAGGAAGAAUAGAUGACUGAAUCGAAAUGCCAAACUAAUAACAAAUCCUCUAAGUGUCCCAAGCUUUCCCUUCUCGUCCCAAAAUCAUAUCAAUCCUGAAUGAUUCUUUGUUUGUCUGAUUCAGAAGCCCGAAGGACACAGUCAUCAAAUUACAUAAUCAGAUCAUGCUAUUGUAUAGUGUAUUAGUGUAAAGUAAAGUACGAAACACGCGUGGCACUAUUUUGUCUAAAAUGGCCAUUGCUGCUGUGUCACUUGUACAUGAUGGUCCUUCAAAGCUCUGUGAUAUUUCAAGUGCCCCAGCAGAUAAGAUUUUAUAGGUAUUGUCAAGACUUGAAUGUUGAUGAAACUCUGCGGGUGACCUUUAAAUGGCAUUAUCGUUACGUCCCACAGCUAAUGCCAGGAGCUAGUCUACUACUAAAAUAGUGCUGUCUCAAUGUUUCGAGAGAAAAAAAAAAAAACUGGCAGGGUAGUCGAUCUGUAUUAUAAUCAGAGUAAUUAGAUUAUUAUUCACUAUAACAGUUGUCAUUCCACACACAUCACACAACACAUGACACAAGAAAGAUUCACAUGUAUUUUCAGCUGCAACAGGAGUGAUGAAAAAACACUUACUGCUUAGAUAAUAACUCCUUUGGUAAAACUCUAAAUGCAGAACCUUUAACUAAGAUAUCAAGUUUGAUCUGUGAUGAUCUGUGUCUCUUCACCUGUAAUUAUGAUGGAAAUGUGUGUGUACAUACAUAUUACUCAUCUUUUAGAGCUUCAUCUUCUUCUUUUUUUUUUUUGAAUGAUAAAUUAUAGUGUAUAUAACUGUCUGAAUAUGUUCUGAAAGAUAAAUAGAGUAGUCUUUUUUAUUAUUAAUUUGAGAACCAGUUCUGUCUAGUUUUGAUCUGUACUAGGCUAGACCAGCCUUAAAUGGACCAUGUCUGACUGCCAAGCACGAUCCAUCUGUGUCAAUCGGUACAGUUUAAUCAUAGUGUCAGAUUGGCUCAGCUGGUGUGCCUCAGGUUGUGUGCUGUUUAUUUUUGCCGUAGCUUAUAAUUUUGCCUGGUGCAAGCCUCCAAUCAGGCUUUCUGUUUGUCCCCCCAUAUCUGCAUGAUUGCUCGUUCCAAAAUGUAUGUUGAUAGGGCUGCCUUACCUGUCAUCACAAGCCCUGGAUUAUUUGCUUGUGGAGCUUCAGGAUUCCUUGGGGGGUGAAUUUGGAUUUGUAUUUGUGGAGCUACGCUGCCGUUCAGUAAAUGUAGGGCACAGUGCCAUAUUUGUCACAGAUGUUUAGGUGUUUUAGAUGCUAGGCUUUUCUCUAUAGUUUUCUUGACCUUGUAGCACCAUUGGGAGUAUUAUUUUCUCUACAUUUUUAGGCCAUUGUGAGCUAAACUAAAGGUAAGAAUGUUUACACAUAUAGGAAAGUUUUGCCAUUUAGGUACAUAGAGUAUAGACUUGUGAGUGGCAAAGUCCUGUUAACCUUGCUCUUACUGAGUGGGUAAAAUGGCCUUUCCUCUCCCCCUUCCCCUUCCCCUUGACUUAUUACAGUGCUAGGUAGUGUGCACAUCUGUUGGUUGAUGUAACAGAAUUGGGAGCUAGUGUUCUCCUCCAAGCACAAUCAGCUGUCCAUUGUAUUAAGGCACAUGUAGUGUCGUGUGAACGUAUAUUCCAAACUAGUGGGUGGAAAUUAAAUAGUUUGAAAUAUGGAGAGAAUUGUGAUUAAAAAAUCUACAUUAAAAGAGCAUAACAUAUUUCAAGUAAAAAACUCGGGCCUCCUUCCUUUGUCUGAUGCAGUGCAUCUGAUCCACCCAAACUACGUUGGUCUGGAUUACCCAAAAGCAUUUCUUAACUGGUCAAUAUUAUUUGCAGCCAUUGGUGCUGAGUCAAUUACAGAAGAUCUUGGAUUUCUUAAGGCAGUUAUGCAAUUAAUAAUAGUUACUAGCUAGGUUUUCGUCCAUCGUUUUGAAAAGACAUUUUUACAAAAUGUAAAGUUUCUAUCAACUACAGUGACACAAAGGGCGCUUUUCCACCGGCAUGGUGCCGGUGCUGGUGCCAGGUUCCCAAAUGGUUCUUUGCGUUUCCACCGCAAAAUCACAGGUUCUUGGCCAGAAAAGCUGGCUCCAUUCUGGCCCCAGCAUAUUGCUGGUCUGGAACCAGCGAACCUGUGACGCGUGCGGCCAAAGGGCGGGGCGUUGAAUCAACAGUGGUCCACCGAGGACAGCAGCAAAAGUUUUAAUAGGAGCUCGGGUUCCACCGUGGUGUUUUCAAAUUGCCCCGCGACUUCUUUUGACGCCCACAUUCACAUACGUAGGGAGUGACUUCUUGAAGCAGUGGAAACACGGGCCGGUUCUUAAAAGGUUCACAGGAACCGGCUCCGGCACCAGCACUUUGUUGGUGGAAAAGAGGUAAAAGAAGCUCAAGAUGAGGUAGGCUACAGAAUUAAGUUAUUCAACUUUAGAGUCUUUACUUGUUUCAGAAUAAUUUCUAGGUAUAUUUGCAGUACUUUUAUGGAUAUUGUUGGGCAGGAUGAGUAGUAGUCCACCUAAUAAUAACUAAAAUCUGUGUGUAACCUCUAUAACGUCCACCAUACUUUUGGGAGCACAAACACACAGUUCUGGUAGAGGCAUUUUUCUUGAGCUUUGGGUUUAGCAUUUCAGAAUGUAUAACAACAUUAAAAACAUAAAAAAUGCUGGGUCAUAAUUGGACAUGCAUUGGAUCAUAUGGCCAGUCAUAUCCAUGCAAGCUGGCUGCUUACACAGAGUAUAGGGUUUCAUAAGAAGUACCGGUAGUGUACUAGAUAGUGGUAGAAAAUUUAGCAUGAGCUCAACUGUAAAGAAUGAAAUUAAUGAAAGAGUGCAUUUUUCCUAUUGUUUUUUUUUAUUUCCAGGAUUUGGGUUUACCAAUAUUGUAUCUUUUAUUCCUUGUCUUAGCGGAAAAUUAUUUGGUUUGACGUUUUCCGAAGUCACAAAAACUUGGUGGAUGGAAAACUGUGUAAGCGACUGCUUGUCGACACAACUUAACAGGAAGUCAGUGUUCUCCUGUAUGUAUGUUCAGCUAUUUUGCAUUAACAAUUGGCUGAAUACAUGUGGCUAAAUGUUUUGAAGGAAGCAUGUGCUAGCCUUUACCACUGAAGCACUGGUAAAGUGGUGUGAUGGGAAGAACGCUGCUUUCCCUGUUCUAAGUAAAAAAAAAAAAUCAUUUUAACUCGAAUCUCUUGGGUGAAGUUUCUCCAGGAACAGAUCUGGGACCCGCAGUGUACAGGCUGUUAUUUUAGCCAGUGGUUUAAAUGAUGCUGGAUGCAUCUGUAAUGUAAUUGAGAAUGUAUUGUGAGUUGCUGUGGGUGAGAGCAUCAGCCAAGUGCCGUAAACUUUAGUGUUCAUGAUGGGGCGUUCUGCUGAUGAUGCAUUGUGCUGAUAUAAAAACUCAGUAAAAGAGUGUGUAUAGUGUGUAGUAUAGUACGCAUCAUUUUCGUGACGGACAAGUUGUGCAUUCUGACUCAGUGUGCUCUCAGAGCCUCAGCUGGAGGCGUCAUUAUCACUCCCACUCCAGAGACAAAACAAACCCACAACCCCCAUACCCAUCCAACUGUGACACCGAUUUCAUUCCAACGCAGCGAACCUUCUCCUAGCUUCGAUAACUCUUCUCCUUCAACAUCGCUUUUUCAGUUAGAUUUUUCUUUCUUUUUUUUUUUAUAACUCUCAGCACUUAGCAUGUUUUGUAAGCGUGGACUUGCAGCUAUCCCUAAUGUCAGUAAAAUUUGUGUUUGCAGUUGAGAGAAUGAUGGCCUACGGUUUCGUGGUAAAGAUAGAAGUCUGUUGUCAGCCCGUGGACUUGUGGGAAAUGAAGUUUUUGGCCAGGGUAACGAUAUUUGUGGGUAAUUGAAUCAGCGCACUGCUGAUUGACUAAUAGCUGGUUGUUUUUACCGGGACUAUAGCAGCUGCUGCUGUGGCCAGACUGCUGUCACUGUGCACUCUGAUGUAUAAUUGGAUAGAAAUGAUCUAUUUGACAUCAUAUUACCUACUGGAAUGAGAUUUUUCUGUGGUGGAUAACACACUUACAGCAAGAUUGAAACGGGACUGUGUGAAAAUAAAUAAAGUAGCUACGGGCAGCGACUCGUGCUCAUGCUGUUUCGCAGCGUCCAAAGGUGCACAAAUGUCUUUGAUAGCUAUCGUUUUUAGUCCUCCAGCACCUCGAAGGCACACUCUCUUCACUCGUGCCAAGUGCCAAUAACGCUGUCAUCAGUGGACACAGAGUGAGUUAUAUAACGAGACACUCGAGGCCUGUUUGGAUGGUAGUUUUAAAUAAUGCUGUCUAGAUUAGAUUAGAGGAAUCUGGAUUAGAGAAAUAAUUAGUGCAGGUGUAAGUGCCAAAAGCAGAGUACCAUCUGUCCUCUACUUUCAUUCCAAAAUCUCUCAUUUCACCAACUAGAUUUGUCAAUUAGAAGUUGUAAUACUACACCCAAUUGUGUGUUUCAGGGUGUGAUAGCAGUGUUUGUGUGGCUCUCUUUCAGGUUUUUUUUUUUUUUUUGUGGAUCUGCUGUAGUUAUUGUGUCUUUCACUGCCUUAAUUAUUUAUUGAACAAUGGAAGAUGUGUAUUUGCAUUUGUGUAUUUAUAUGAAAUAAAUGAAUGAAGUGCCACUCAAAA